UCCAGCCCUGCGGGGAGGCAGAGCCAGGGGCGAGCUUGGCCGUGCCCUGCAGGCGUGGGGGUGGAGAGGCCUGGCCUGGGCCCAGCUGGCGGCCGAGCCGAUGGCGAACGGGGAGCUGGACGAGGAGAGCCUGCAGGAGCUCUACAGCUGGGUGGAUGCCAUCCCCCUGUCCCGACCCAAGAAGAACAUCACCCGGGACUUCAGCGAUGGAGUUCUAGCAGCAGAAGUGGUGAAAUUUUACUUUCCCAAAAUGGUGGAAAUGCACAAUUAUGUCCCAGCUAAUUCAACGCAACAGAAACUCUCCAACUGGGGCCAUCUCAACAGGAAGGUGCUGAACAAGCUGAAUUUCUCCAUCCCGGAAGACAUGAUCCGGAAGAUCGUACAGUGCACGCCCGGCAUGGUGGAGCUAGUGCUGCUCCCACUGCGGCAGAAAAUCGAGGACAAGCAGAAGCGGAGCAAGGUGGCAUCUAGCACACAUCAGGAGCUGGGCACACGCUAUGCACUCAAUGAGAAUGGCCAUAUGGAAACAGGCUAUUCGUCAAAGCCAAAGACCAAUGCAGCAGGGAUCUACGUGCAGCAGUCCCCACGAGCUGAAAGGAUGAACAAGGGCCAGCAAGGCUAUGCCCAGGCACUGCAGGGAGACACCAGCUUCCGCAUUCAGUUAGCGGAGAGGGAGCAGGCUCUGCUGGCUUGUCAAGAGAUGGUCCAGAUCCUGCAGAUGAAGGUGCGGCGGCUGGAACACCUGCUCCACCUGAAGAACGUUCGGAUUGACGACCUCACGAGGCGCCUCCAGCAAGUGGAGCAGAAACAGAAAUGAGGCAGGGCUCGGUUUCCCUGCGACUCUCUCACCCUCAAACCUCUCACAGGCACAUUUGUAAGAGCCGGCGUUCCUGUGCCUCUCCCACUGCUAAUCGCUCCUCCUGGGCUUGGAGAGACCGAGCCAUCACAGGCAGGACUGGUAGAGGUCUGCAUUUGAAUAAUGACACAGGGCUCCCAGUUACUUACAAUCCAAGGGCUAGACUGAGGGGAAAAAAUAAGGCCUAGAGUCCAAGAGUGAGAAAUGCACAAGCAGAGGUGGCAAAUGCACAUCUAGAAGUUCACCUGCCAUUGUGCACGAGGGUGUUUUAAUUGUCUAAGUGCACCGGUGAUUGUGCAUGCAUUUGUUAGUCACGUACAUGCCGCUGCAAUCAAUCGGCUUUGCAUUCUUUGCAGUUAUGGACAUGGACCCACAGUUGUGCAUGCACUUAUACAAUUGCAAGAAAUGCUAGUGCAAAUGUGCUUGAAGGUGAUCGGGCUGAGGCAGUAUUUCGAGUGCCAGGUUUUCUAUCUAUAACCAAAUCCAGCGACUUUGCUGAAUAUAGACUCCUUUUGCUUUCUGUGCUUUAGUACCAGGCCACCCCUUCGCUUGUUAGUUGUUUUAAAGAGCUCCAAACUAUCCCCUCUUGUUCCAUCUGGUGCCUCUUGGGUGACAGCUGAUUGGAGAUCCAUGGGGAAGGAAUGGAUCAUUCACAAGGAUGCUUUUCGACAGGUGCGAUCCUGGAGCCCUCACUCAGGGACAACUCCCACUGAAGGGUAAGGAUCUGUCUACGCAGCUAAAGCUGUGCACAGGGCAGCCUACCUGAGCCAGCUUGAAUCCAGCUAGCACAGCCAUGAAGCCAACACAGCACAGGGUACUGAGCAGAAUGUGUGGCCAGGCUCUGUGCCAGGCAGCACUACCCAGGCUGACGCCCCACCCGCUCUGUCAUGCCCAGCUGGUGCUGUGUAGACACACCCUGAGGAAGGCCCUCUGGGAUCAGACCCUGUGGAGAUCAGUCGCCUCCACUCAUUGAUUAGUUUACUGUGGGCUCCAUUUGGAUACAAGCAUGAAAAGAACCUCAGCUCCUGGCUCUCUGCUCCUUACAGUUUGUUGGGGUUCUGCGGCCCUUGGGUGGGUUUCAGAGGCUGCCUGAUGAGAAAGGAGCCGUCUCUGCGGUACUCCAAGGGCUGAUAAUAGCAACAGGCGGAGGGCUGACCAAUCACAGCCACAGAGAGGCCCCCUGCUGGGGAGGGGCUGCGCUGCUCAGACAUGAAAGCUCCAAACUCAGGGCCAGCCCCUCACCUGCUGUGAACGGGAGAAGCUGUACUGAGGUCAAUGGGCCAGGUCCCGGCUGCUGUGAACGGGAGAAGCUGUACUGAGGUCAAUGGGCCAGGUCCCGGCUGCUGUGAACGGGAGAAGCUGUACUGAGGUCAAUGGGCCAGGUCCCGGCUGCUGUGAACGGGAGAAGCUGUACUGAGUCACAGCAGCCGGGACUGGCCCAUUAACCUCAGUACAGCUUCUCCCGUUCAAUGGACCGGGUCCCGGCUGCUGUGAACGGGAGAAGCUGUACUGAGGUCAAUGGGCCAGGUCCCGGCUGCUGUGAACGGGAGUAGCUGUACUGAGGUCAAUGGGCCAGGUCCCGGCUGCUGUGAACGGGAGAAGCUGUACUGAGUCACAGCAGCCGGGACUGGCCCAUUAACCUCAGUACAGCUUCUCCCGUUCAAUGGACCGGGUCCCGGCUGCUGUGAACGGGAGAAGCUGUACUGAGGUCAAUGGGCCAGGUCCCGGCUGCUGUGAACGGGAGUAGCUGUACUGAGGUCAAUGGGCCAGGUCCCGGCUGCUGUGAACGGGAGAAGCUGUACUGAGGUCAAUGGGCCAGGUCCCGGCUGCUGUGAACGGGAGAAGCUGUACUGAGUCACAGCAGCCGGGACUGGCCCAUUGACCUCAG